AUGGAGGGACUAUGUCCGGUAUGGGCUGCGAAUGGUGUUGUUUAAGUUUUAGACAAAGAAAUAUUCCUUACAGAGUGUGUGUCGAACGUAACGUUAAUUGUACAGACUAUUAUUAUUAGUAUUAUUAUUAUUAAUAAUAUUAAAGUAUUAUUGCGUUGUAAACUUUGUUAUCUCCGUUCUGUCAGCUCAUGAUGCAAAAUAUGUACCAAGAUAAAGAGUCAGAUUUACCGAACUUCAAAUAUUUAAGAAGGGAAGUUAUGAAAGUCCAAAAUUACUGCUUAAACUGCAAAAAUCGACUGUCUCCUUUGUGUAUGAUUAUAAAUACUGGUAAUUAUCAUUCUGAAGUACAAUUGAAGACGCAAGUUGGAAAAUUCCCUGUUUAUUGUUUGAGAUGUGUACAUAGGGAAGUUAAGAAUACCUUUAUAAUUAGUCUGGAUUCUGACUCGGAGACAGAAAAAGAAAAUAGAAUUCCUGACAAUGAGACUGAAUUCCAAACUGGUCUGAAUACAGAAAAUGUGUUACCACAUGUAGCAGUAUCUAAUGAGACUGCAGAUAAAGAAAAUUUAGCAGUUCCUACAGCUCUUCAAGAAAGUUCAUCAACAUUGGCCACAUCCACUGAACUACAAGUAUCAGCAUUAAAUGCUAACAAUGAGAGUGAAUUCCAAACUGGUCUGAAUACAGAAAAUGUGUUACCACAUGUAGCAGUAUCUAAUGAGACUGCAGAUAAAGAAAAUUCAGCAAUUCCUACAGCUCUUCAAGAAAGUUCAUCAACAUUGGCCACAUCCACUGAACUACAAGUAUCAGCAUUAAAUGCUGACAAUGAGAGUGAAUUCCAAACUAGUCUGAAUACAGAAAAUGUGUUACCACAUGUAGCAGUAUCUAAUGAGACUGCAGAUAAAGAAAAUUUAGCAGUUCCUACAGCUCUUCAAGAAAGUUCAUCAACAUUGGCCACAUCCACUGAACUACAAGUAUCAGCAUUAAAUGCUGACAAUGAGAGUGAAUUCCAAACUGGUCUGAAUACAGAAAAUGUGUUACCACAUGUAGCAGUAUCUAAUGAGACUGCAGAUAAAGAAAAUUUAGCAGUUCCUACAGCUCUUCAAGAAAGUUCAUCAACAUUGGCCACAUCCACUGAACUACAAGUAUCAGCAUUAAAUGCUGACAAUGAGAGGGAAUUCCAAACUGGUCUGAAUACAGAAAAUGUGUUACCACAUGUAGCAGUAUCUAAUGAGACUGCAGAUAAAAAAAAUUCAGCAAUUCCUACAGCUCUUCAAGAAAGUUCAUCAACAUUGGCCACAUCCACUGAACUACAAGUAUCAGCAUUAAAUGCUGACAAUGAGAGUGAAUACCAAACUGGUCUGAAUACAGAAAAUGUGUUACCACAUGUAGCCGUAUCUAAUGAGACUGCAGAUAAAGAAAAUUCAGCAAUUCCUACAGCUCUUCAAGAAAGUCCGUCAACAGCGACCAUAUCCACUGAACUACAAGAAUCAGCAUUAAAUGAUACCAAAGUUACUCCCCGACGAUCUGGUAGGAAAACCAAACAAACACCACCUCUAUUAUAUUAUUAUAGGAUACUGGAGGACUCACCAAAAAGGAAGAAGUUGAAUGAGCCGUCGUCCAGCACUUCAAGGGGACCGCCCAAAAAAGUUUUCCAGGUGGCUUCCCCUCGGCACCAUUAUACAGUGAAUGAUCCCGAUUCGGAUUCUUCAUCUUAAUUAUUAAAUAAUUAGUUUUAUGAAAGAAUUGUUAUUUAUUUUUUGUGAGAGACAUAAUUAUUUUUAUUUGUGUGUUAUUUGAAAAACAACUUACUAGUGAAACUGGCUAAAAAGUAAGAGUUAGCGAGUCGCCGAAUGCGAAUUAUUUUGUUGUUAAGAUUAUAUUUAUUUAUUUUAUCUAUUUUAUAAUUAAGUUUAUGUUUGUUGCAGUUUUUUUAUAAAAAGAAAUGCAUAUACUAAUCAAUAGUGUCACA